CAUGCCCAUGCCCAUGCCCAUUCCCAUUUCCAUUCCCAUGCCCUGAGACCUCUCUCCUUCUCCCACUCCCACUGCCACUGCCACUCCCACGCCUCGCCUUCUCCCACUGGCCUGGCCCGGAUGAGAGCGAACGGCAGCGGGCCUCCCCUGCCUUUCCCUGCCCUGGCCCUUGUAUCUCCACACCACUCUAACUUUAACCAAUCCCAACCAUUCAAGCAAUUCCUAGGCCAAACAGAGACCCGACUGCGCUGCAAUGCACCUUGCCCUUAACCAUGACCUUGCUUCCCCUGUCUGAAAGUGACCACCUACCUUACCUACCUAAGGUACCUUCCCUUGACCUCGACUUGGACUUGGUCCACAACAUCCUUCCCCUUGGGCAGGCAUAACGAAUAAACUCAUCUUCGAGCUGUGUCGUGCGGUGCGUAUCUGUGGUCAAAGCAUCGUAUCACGUCUUCAAUCGAUAGCUUGCCGGUUAUCUAUCGGCCCGUCAAGGAAGUAAUUCAAAACGGAGCACGCACAAACAAAUACACAGAAGAAAAAAAAGAGCGCGUGCAGAGUCCAGUGCGGUGCAGGACAGUGUGGUUACAAAACCCACAAUCAUACGGGUAUCCGUACCCUUGCUUGUCAAAAUACGACGUUGUUGAAUCCACUUCCACUCCAGUCUCCAGACAACACCCUGCAACAUUUCAUCAACAGCUCGAGUCUCCAUCCUUUCCGUACUGGAACUCGACCCGACUCGAUUCAACUUCGGCUCGCUGCCACCGAGACCCAUCGUCCCCUUGCUUUCUCGGUCUCGCCAGCUCGCCUUGCCUCGCCUCGACUGAACCAUUCGAGAAUUCUCCAUCACCACCUCCACCACCACCACCAGAUACUGUACUCUACAGCUUCACUGCUGGUUGGAGAUCAGUCCCUCUCAAUUCCGAUCUUUAAUUCGUCACUACACCACCGUCGAUUUCUCCUGCGUUGCGAGAGGACAGGAAGUUAUCUGUUCCGUCCAUCGUUCGACUUCCACAGUUUCACGCAUUGAUUGUGCUCGGAUUCCCCGGUGCAUCACACAUCACACCUCACCCACGAAAACUGCUCCUCCCUCCCUUUCCCUAUCCUGCAUAUCCGAGACCGUAGGAGCGAACGCAUUGGUACUUUUCGACCAAAAUCAGCUGCCUGACACAUCGACUGCUGCCGAAAUCCGGUCUGUCUAUUGGUUCGAUAUUGUCAUAUUUGGAUUGGAUUGGACUGGAUCGAAUUGGGCUGGACUGGACUGCUCUGGACAAGACAGGACUAGGCAUUCUACAGCCACAGCCACAGCUACCUACUGCCAGCUGCCAGAAAGCAUCCAUCAUCAACGCAUAACGAACUCUUUCUCCAGCUCACUUGACUCGACUUUUCGUUGCACAUUCCAGGGUCCAGGUUCUGCCUUCCAGCUGUCUUGACAAAACCCCUUUGCUCGAGCACCCAGCUGCUCCCACUCCCUGCCCACUUAACGUUGCGACUAUUGGGAAGGAGGCAGAUCCUUAACAGAAGGAAAGACCACUUCAAGGUCCCCCUUGGGAUCGGCAUAAGCAACACACUCUCGCCGGCAUUACCUGUCAGUCUGUGCAUGACGACCGUUGACUGGAGAGACCUCCCGAAACCCUUGACUCAACCCAAAAGAGGUAUGCAACCUUCCGUCACGCUCGAGAUCAUCGUAGCAUUCCUUGGCCCCUCACUGAUGCAUUCCUCCUGAUACACCACACCUUUCCUUUCCACUCACCUACACACAACAACAUCAGAUCACUUCAGAUCUCCAUACUGUCCUAGACGGGCUUGCUAAUCGUUCGACUUGCGCAGAUCCUUUCCAUCACGCCAAUAUUGUCAAGAACAAGAGGAAGGAACGACCGGCUGGAUCUGGAAAGCAGGACUCGAUUCAUACCGACAACAACACUGAACUUGACUGACGCAUUGAUACUCGGCUUGGUCCGCAUACAACCUCGCGUUUCUAUCUGACCGUCCCCUCAUUCCAUUCGAUCAUAACACCACGAGUAUUUGGAUUCGAACAUAUACUUGAAGGACUUACUUGGAGAACAUUGAUUCAAUCACGGGCAAACAAUAUCCGGCUAGAAGACGACAAGAGAGCAAUUUCCAUGGUAGCCAUACAGGAUUGCCCAUCAUGGUGAAGGAGAGUGAUUACUCUGCGCGGUCCAGCGCUCUCGUGGCUCCUCUGACCAUCAACAAGGAGAGGGCGCGUGGAUCAAGUACGGCAUCGAGACACAGCAGGAAUACCUCCUCGAGGAGUAGUAGCAAGACUGGAGACUCGAGCAGCCAGUCUCAAAUGACACCACCCGCAACACCUAAUGGUUCUCAGGAGGACCUCAAUCGACAUAUGGAACCUUCACAACCGGUGUUCCAUCCUUUCCUACGCGCUUUCUACCCUUUCCACCCGACAUACGCCAUCUCCGACACGACAGUAACUCUACCACUGAAUGAAGGCGACGUAAUCUUGGUCCAUUCGAUACACACCAAUGGCUGGGCUGAUGGAACUUUACUCGUAUCUGGCGCCCGGGGUUGGCUGCCGACGAAUUACUGCGAAGCUUACGAUCCAGAAGCGAUGCGAAAUCUGCUGAAGGCGCUCUUGAAUUUCUGGGAUCUGAUGCGGAGUGGUAUCAUCAGCGAUAGUGAAGUGUUUGGAAACCAAGAAUUCAUGCGGGGAAUUAUCGCUGGAGUGCGAUAUUUACUAGAAAAAUCAAAUUGCUUGACGAGAGAGUCACACCUCGUUCAAGGCAAUGAGGGACUACGAAGGAAUCGGAAAGCACUGUUGUCAGAUCUUUCAGCGUUGGUAAAGACGGCAAAGAAAUUACAGGAGUACACAGCUGGAUCACAUCCUACGCAAGCUGAAGCGGAAGAUAUCAACAACACGAUUGACGAGAUGAUAUUGAAGGCGUUCAAGAUAGUAACCAGGGGUGUACGAUUCCUUGACGUCCUAGAAGAUGAGAUGCGGUCACGGCAGCAACCGAUUCACAGAGUAAUGGCAACAGUAGCUGAGGAAGUGUACAAUCCCCCAACACCUCCAGCAGAUACAACGUCAUUUGAAGCAGCACAGCAUGGAGACCCUGCAGACGAUACGGCAUCUCGCAGGAGCUCGAGUCGCAGUUCGGGCAGCGGCUUGGGAUCACAACGGCCCGAGGAGCAGCAAUCAAAACGACAGUCAUACAAACGCAUGUCGAGCAAUUUCUCUUCCAAUGGUUCCACAGCAUACUCCACCAAUGGCUCGACUGGACGGCCAUUAUCCAUGUCGAGGCCAUCCUCGAUGCAAGUCAAGAGACAAUCAUUCUCUCACAGACUGUCAGCAUCAAUACCAGCAGCACAGCGACAGAAUUUGGUGUCGGAACGACUCAAUGCCAGUCAUGAUACCUUCCUCUCGUACCUCGGAUCAUUUAUUGGUCGACUGCAUCUCCAGUCGCAAUCAUCUGCUGAUCUCAUUUCAACAGUACGACAAUCUGUUACUGCAGGACGAGAGCUUUUGACUGUCGUGGAGGCGAUUUGUGCACACGAUAAUCAAAGUGCUGAGGCGCUCCACGCAUCACGAAACGCCAUGUAUGACAGGAUCAACAAGCUAGUGCUUGCUGCACGGGAGAUCAUCACGAUGUCGGGGAUAGAAGAUGAGGACGUAGUCAUGCCUCAGGAGAACGGCAGACUUCUCAUGGCGGCUACGGGAUGCGUGAAAGCUGCUGGUGAGUGCGUUGCGAAGACUAAAUUCGUGAUUGAACGAAUCGGAGAUUUUGAGUUUGAUCCCGCGAACGAUGGGCUUGGUAUCGACGUAGCGUCAAUUGGCGUGGUUGCGGAGAAGACUAAGGAAUCAGCACCACCUCAAGAAGACACGCCCCCAGAACCAGCCAGCCGGCCACCUCCACCUCCUCUUCUUAUUCCGAGUUACGAGAAACCUCUGCCAGAUGUCCCACUGGCAUCUCCCCAAGUUGAAGAGACUGUGCAGCGAUUGUCGCCGAAGGCAUUGGAGUCAGUGGCCGAGAACGACACUGUUGAGAGCGCAACUACGGAGUCCUCGAAGAGAUCGUCGAGAAAAUCGCUGCUACCUCCACUACCGAAGAUGACCAGCCCAUUGUUGAAUCAAGAUGAUUACAGCCCAUCGGAACAAUCAUCGGGCCACGAUGGUGAAUUCCAAUCGUCUUUCCGAUCUGGUAGCAUUGCAAUCUCGAGCUCAGGUACAAGCAGUACCUAUCUUAGUGGUAUGCGUGACUCCGAAACAAGCAUGCUUUCCCAGACUUCAACUCGCGCGACCACCCCAGAUAACUCGGUUUACGUUCCAAGAACUGCACCUUCGAUCUCCGAUCUCAGCACGAGUGGAAGCCAAUCGACUCUUGCUGAUGACCUGGACGACGGAGAGAGCAAGAUGUUGGAGAGGACCUUUGCACACGAGUUGCUUCACAACAAAGAAGGUCAGAUCACAGGAGGUACCCUCCCAGCUCUCGUAGAGAGACUCACUACUCACGAUUCGACACCUGAUUCGAUCUUUGUUUCAACUUUCUACCUCACCUUUAGAUUAUUCGUCACACCAGUUGAGCUUGCCAAGGCCCUGGUUGACAGAUUCGACUACGUUGCGGAGAGCCCUCACAUCGCUGGGCCUGUACGGUUACGUGUGUAUAACGUGUUCAAGGGAUGGUUGGAGUCGCAUUGGAGAGAUAUUUCAGAUCACAAUGCUUUGGAGGUUAUCCAGCCAUUCGCUAGUGAUAAGCUUGGAAAGGUUCUUCCCGGAGCUGGCCGAAGAUUGCUGGAGUUGUCGCAAAAGGUAUCUUCCACAGAUGGCCCCCUUGUACCCCGAUUGGUUUCAUCCAUGGGUAAGACUUCGACUUCGAUUGCGCAAUACAUCCCAGCCGACACUCCUCUCCCUCCUGUUAACAUGACGAAGAGUCAGAUUGGAGCCUUGAAGAACUGGAAGAUGGGUGGAAGCAAUCCUUCCAUCCUGGAGUUCGACCCCUUGGAAUUGGCCAGACAAUUGACCAUCAAGGAGAUGACUAUUUUCUGCUCGAUCAUGCCAGAGGAACUUCUUGGAUCGGAAUGGACGAAGCGAUCUGGAUCCAAUGCGGUCAACGUUCGUGCUAUGUCGACACUCUCGACUGAUCUUUCCAAUUUGGUUGCCGACACCAUCCUUCAGUACGAUGAUGCGAAGAAGCGUGCAAUCAUUAUCAAGCACUGGAUCAAGAUCGCACACAAGUGCUUGGAGCUGAACAACUACGAUUCCCUGAUGGCUAUCAUCUGUUCCUUGAACUCAUCUACCAUCAUCCGAUUGAAGAGAACUUGGGAUAUGGUUUCGCAAAAGAGAAAGGAUAUGCUCAAGGGUCUGCAGGCAAUUGUUGAGCCGGAUAAAAACUACGCUGUUCUCCGCCGAAGACUUCACGACCACGUGCCACCUUGUCUCCCAUUCGUUGGAAUGUACUUGACCGAUCUCACAUUUGUUGAUGCAGGCAAUGCUGCGCAGAGACAACUUCCUGGUCUUGGUGACAGUGAAGGUAUCUCGGUCAUCAACUUUGACAAGCACACUCGUACAGCAAAGAUUAUCGGCGAGCUUCAACGUUUCCAGAUUCCCUACCGGUUGGCAGAUGUUCCAGAGUUACAAGAAUGGAUCCAAGCACAGAUUGUCCGCGUCAAGUCCUCAUCUGAGAACGAGAACGUUCAGCAAUACUACCGCAAGAGUCUCCUUCUCGAACCCCGCGAUCCACAACCGAGACCUAGUCCAAUCGAUGGACAGAACCCCUGGUCAACAGCUCGAACAGACAAAUUUGAUCUCUUCGCCUGGACACAUUCGAGGGAGAGGCAACCCACAAUUGCGCAACCAAUAUGAAAGACUCCUCGCAACGGCCGAUACCACACACACGUACAUACCACCCCAUACAUCCGAAGCUCGCACGAAUACUUUAUGAUGGAUCGAACCAGUCCUACUUUUUUGAUUUGAUACCCCCUCAAGACACAAUACCUCUUUGAAUAGCGUUUUAGCGAAUGAUUAUACAUGAUUGGCUGGUUGGCUGGCUGGCGAAAAACGGCGUUUGUCUUACUACUACACUUUACGACGACGGAUGGGAUUGGACCGAUAGAGAUUCCCCGGUCCAGACCAAGUCCACUAUUACAUUUUUCUUUUCUUGUUAUGUUCUUGUUAUGUUCUUGUGUGUAUGAGGGGAGUGGAGGUGCGGAUAAAACGAUUGUCCGUUUUCUCAUCAUCUUUUUUUCUGUCCGGCUGCAGGAGAGUGUAAAAGCCAUGGGGAAAAGGAAAAGCGAAAAAGCUGAGAAAUGAAUGAUAGCCGCGGCAGGCCAUUGUUUGGAGACACGAUGAUACCUUGGGUUUUUGGGUUUGGGUGGGCUUGAUUUUGCUUUGGUUUGGGAUUGGGGAUUGGGGGAUGGGAAUGGGGAUGGGGAUAGACCCGCUUUCCUUACUUGCUUGCUUGCUUUGGUCCACUGGGCUGGGUAAGCGAUGGAGGGGUGGCAGAGAGAUAAAGGGAGAGGGGGAGGGGGAGGGGAAAGAGAGGAGAGGAAAGAGAGGAGAGGAAAGAGAGGAGAGGAAAGAGAGGAGAGGAAGAGAGAGA